AUGAAAAUGGGGAUACCUAUCUUUAUUUCGCCAGACGAAUCUAAACCUACCACUUGUUUAGCGGCAGAAAAAACGUCCAUCCUUUCACGUUCAUUUGUCAGUAGACAUCGUCAUCGUCCUUUGUCACGAGGCGAUGGAGCUGCAUCUAACGCGCUGGGUGAAAUGCGAAGACGACGCAGAAUAGAGGCCUCAUUUCAAGCACCCGAAGAGCUUCGCGAAUUGACAACAUUUAAUGUUGAGAAUAUGCGCCCGGGUGACUUACCAGCGACCUUGAAUUCCAGGGCUAUUGUUACAUUUGAACGCGAAAGAGAGCGAAUGAGACAACGAAGCUCCAUCAUAAAUCAUGAAAGGAGCAGCCUUCUAGACUCUGAAAUUCAGGUUUCAUUGAUACCAGCAGCAGUAACCGAAUAUGGAGAUUCAAAUGAAAGCGAUGAGAUAUCACCACAAGCAUAUAGAAUCCAUCAAGCUAGACUUAAUCAUAAUAGGAGAAUGGGGGAAAGAAACUCAGCAUCACCUCCGGCCCUUGACGCUGCUGACCCCCAAAAUCAGCUUGUAUCAUCACGGCAAGGUGUAAGCCCAGAACAGUCUCGUUCUAAUAGUCAUGAUCAUCAGUUUAUAUUGGCUUCAACUCAAAGGAGGCAGAAUACGAACCUCCAGAGUGACAAUUCUCACUCAUCUUUAACACACCCUGAAUCCCACGAAUCACAAGAAAGAUUACGUGCCUUAACACAACUAUCUAUUGAGCUUGAUAGAUCCCGUCGAAGCACUUUUCAUGCACAUUUAGCUGGUCUGGGUGAGACCGAUAGCAUUCGAAAUCCUUCAAUCGACCCAUGGCAGAGGUUCAUGGCAAGAAAUUUACCAAACCGUCAGUCAUCAAGAGAAGCGUCAACAGCUAUUGUGCCGGAAGAUCAAAGCAACUCGGGGCAAGUCUCUGCCAACAUCACUGCAGCUGGCACUGAUAGAAUAGAGGAAUUCGAAUUACGGCUCGAGUGUGCUUCCGAUCCGGGAACAGACACAGAGAGUGAAGUCGAAGAGGUGCAGAUCUUUGGCAUGAGAACGGCGGAGCCGCUUUUGGCCACAACUGAUCUAUAUAAUGGCAGAAAUAAUGAAUCUCAACAUCAGGAAAACGUGGAUUCUGAUGACUUGGACGGCUGGCACCGUGUUAUUUCUAGACUAACUGAGCGAGAUGAUAUACCUGACGAAUGGUGGGCAUCAGUGGGUCUUAGCCGGACUUUACGCCCCAGAUCUGAAUCAUGA